AUGCAUAACUUUCAGAAGCCGGAGAACGCCCUCAAGAGGGCGGCCGAGCUUCGCGCCAUCGGCCAGAAUGACGAGGCGCUGCAGAUUCUCCACUCGGCCAUCGGGCACCGCUCCUUCAGGAUUCAAGGAUGGGACAUGGUACAGGAGCAGAUCAUGUUGGAGUAUGUUGCCCUGUGUAUUGCGCAGGACAAGCUCCGCAUGGCGAGGGAUGGGCUUCACCAGUACCGCCUCGUCGCCCAGCACGCUAAUGUCACCUCGCUCGGCAAGGUCGUCGUUGAACUCCUCGACCACGCCGAGGAGCGGCUCAGGCGCAUAAAGGCGGAGAUCGCGGCUGACAAGACCAAGGCCGAGGAUUUGGAAAAGGCCAAACUUAGUGCAGGUCUCGACGCUGAGUACAGCGAAUCCCCUGAGGAGAUCAUGGUAUUCACGCUUCAGCUGGAAGUCCGCGAUGCCACCGCCAGGUCGCUGCACAGUGUCUUCAGGUUCCUGUGGGAAACUUACAAAAUGAUCCUGGAUAUUAUGCGUGCAACGCCCAAGCUCGAAAAGGUCUACCAUGACACUGCCCGCAAAGCCAUCCAGUUCUGCAAGGAGAAUGAAAGACUCUCCGAGUUCAAGAGACUGUGCGAGGUGCUCCGUGCGCACAACACCUUCCUGAUGAAGGUGAAGCACAAGCCGGAGAUGGAAUGCAUGCUCAAGCCAGAGCUGCACAUUGAGACGCGCAUCAACCAGCUGGUAGCUGCCUGCGACAUGUCGUUGUGGAAGGAGGCCUUCAACACCGUUGAGGACCUGUACACCCUGGGUAUUCGCGAUUACAUCACCAAAACCUUCCAGGGAUCUGUUUCCGUCCUGGGCCAGCAGAAGGAAAAGCUGCUCAAGUGGCUCGCCAUCUUCUACGAGAAGCUGGCCAUCAUCUUCAUGGUCUCCGACCUGCACCUCUUCCACGCGCUAGCGGUGCUUAGAUAUGUCAUGCACAUCCGUAUGUACAAGAAGAAAGUCGCUCCGGAGGACGUGCAGUACAUGUGCUCGAAGGCUGUCCUCGCGGUUCUUGCCGUCCCUGACAACAACAAGAACGGCUCGGACUCCGGCGAGUUGAUCACUCCGAUGCCCACUGCAGCGUACGAAAUGCACAAGAGGAUGGCCGCACUGCUGGGCUACAACAGCAUCCCCACCAGGGAGUCGCUGCACUACGCGCUCACCGUGAAGAACAUCCUUCCCAUGGCCGACGACAAUACGAAAAGGCUGUACGAGCUCAUGCAAGGCAGCAGCAACAUGUCCCUGCAGCUCUGCAAGCAGGUGUUGCCUCUGCUUACUGAAACUGAGGAACCACAAUGUGCAACUGCGCCGGCACCCCCGUGUGCCACGUACAUCAAGGCCGAGAGGCAGGUGCCCAACACCCUGAAAAUCAAAUUCUUCGACAAGUUGUCGAAUUACUACCCGAAGGUUAAGGCUGUGGUGUUCCGCAAGGUCCUGAACAAUAUCUCGAAGGUCUACGCAAACAUGACCAUCGACUUCUUCGUCAAGUCCAUCUGCCCCAGCGAAUUCUACGCAUGGAACGACGCGGAAAAGCACAUUGUAGACCUCGUACAACGCGGGUUCUGCCACAUCCGCCUGGACUACUCCAGCAAGGUGCUCUACUUCAACGCAUCUAAGGGUACCGCGGACUCCAUUGCUGCGGUCAGGCACCAGCUCACCAACUUGGGACGCAACCUGUAUUAUGCCAUGCGUAUCCUCGAACCUGGGCACGCUAAGCAGGCCGAGGACCGUCACCUACAGCUGGUAGCGAUGAAGAACAACAUCGAGAAGGAACGCACCAAGCUCAUGAAGCGCACCAGCGAAAUCUACCAGCGCAGACAGGAACACCAAGAGGAGUUGAUGCGCGUCGAGGAGGAGCGCAAGAAGAUGGAAAUUGAGCAGAAGCUGCAGGAGGAACGCGCCGAAAAGGAACGCCGUGAGGAGGCGCUCAGGCAGAUGGAGAAGCAGCGUAAGAAGGACGAAAAGAUGAAGAUGAAGCUGGAGACGGCGCAGCAAAUGCUUAAGGCCAUUCGCAAGCUCGGAGGAUCUCAGGGCACCAAAAUCAUCAUCAAGGGCAAAACGCUUGACGAGAUUAACGUUGAGGAUGUCAUGGACGGCUUCGUCAACUUCGACGAUGUCGAGAAGGCGCAGGAAGAACUGAAGCUGCGCGAGCGCCAGGAGAUCGCAAAGCAAAGGCGCGCAGAGGUGAAGCGUAUAGACCACUUAGUUCGUGCUCUGCGGGAACACCAGCAGCAGCUGUACGCCGACUGGCAGAAACGCGUGCUCGAGGAGGAUACUCGUCAGCUAAUGGAGGUGCAAAAGAAACGCGAAGCCAUGUGGAAGGAAGAUGCCGAGGCUAUGCAAUUGCAGAAGGACGCGCUCAAGGAGGUGGCCGCUGUUAAGGAGAAGUGGGUCAACGAUAACGUGAAGACCAUGAAGGAGGCUUACGACGCCGCCAUUGAGGAGCAACGCACGCGGUUCCAGAAGAAGAUGAUCGCCGAGAAGAUUCAGCGCGCCAGGGAAAGGCGUAUCACCGAGCUCCAGAGACAGAAGGAGCUCGAAGAGGAGCGCCGAUUGGAGGAGGAACGCAUGAGGCGUGAGGAAGAGGAAAGACAAAGGCAGGAAGCUGAAGCUGAGAGGCAGCGUAAGCUGCAGGAGAUCGCAGAAAAGCAGCGUCAGAAGGAGCUGGAAAUUCAGCGCAGGCUCGACGAGCAGGCAGCUCGUGCGUCACACACCGCUGCUGCUCCAGACAUCAGACGUUCUGAGACCUGGACGAAACCGCGGGUGAGAGAAGAGCCGGAGGUCUGGCGGUCGGAUUCCCGUCGCGUCGAUGCUUCCCCGCAACGUGGCACAGGUGCCGAACCGGAAAAGCCCCGCAAGUUUAAAUCCUUCUCGCAACGUGCGAGGGAACCCGCCGCACGGCGGGCCGACGACGCAGACACGUGGCGGCGAUGA